AUGGCUGCCUACUGUCAAGAAGUCAAGAACCUUUCAGACCAACUCACUGAUGUGGAUGCUCCUGUUGAUAAUCAACGUUUGGUGCUGCAACUUAUCGUUGGCCUUACAGAUCAAUACGAUAGCAUUGCUACCCUUCUCCAACAAUCCACACCGCUUCCUGACUUCUACACUACCCGAUCAAAGUUAUGUCUUGAAGAAACUAGGAAAUCUCUACAAACACCCACUGGCAAUGCCCUUACAGCUUCAUCCGUCACCACUGUCGCAUCGCAAUCAGCCAAUGUCGUGACUUCUGGCACUCACGGUCAGCGUGAUAUCUCAGACACGCCCCAAUCUCACCAUCCUCGGUCUUCGGUUAGAGGCGCAUCUGAAGGUCUUUAUCGUGGCAGGGGCAGGGGCAUGCGCGGAAGGGGUCGGGGACGCGAUCGUGGGCGCGGAUCAUACACUCAACAGCAGCGGCCGCCAUGGAUGAAAUGGAAUGGCCCUACUUGGAAUUCUCUGCUGGUUCCAUACCUUACAGCUCCUCGUUAUCAGUUUCGCCCACCGACAGUUGGUAUUCUGGGUCAUUCUCCUGCACAUGCUCCUCGUUAUCAGUUUCGCCCACCGACAGUUGGUAUUCUGGGUCAUUCUCCUGCACAUGCUUAUGCUGCCGCUGAAGCUUCAUACACUCCCACCAAUAUCGAAUAG